GAGAGCUGGUUGGAUACUUCUUCGAUCUUCAUCGAGCUCGCUGAAGGUACGGGGAGGCUUGGCCAAGAUGCAUUCACUCACCCUGUUCGCAUCAGCUUUACUGUCGGCGUCAUGCUUGGCGUCACCGGUCCGGCAACAUCCAUUGGUGCAUACUGAAACACCAUACCGGAAGGACCACAACGACCCGUACGAUCACAAGAUUGAUAGCGUUGGCCGAAACCUGCAACCGGAGCCACUGCGAAAUGGAGAUGGCACUGAUGUUCUUGGACCGCGCAAUCGAGAUCGCGAGAGGCAGAACCCUGACAUGAUCAGACCGCCGUCAACAGACCAUGGUGAUUUCAAGAAUAUGCGAUGGAGCUACGCCGACUCUCAUAUCCGUAUUGAGGAGGGAGGCUGGACUCGACAGACCACCAGCAAGGAGCUUCCAACUUCAGUAGAACUGGCCGGUGUCAACAUGCGUCUCGACGAGGGCGUUAUCCGUGAGCUGCACUGGCACAAAGAAGCAGAGUGGGCUUAUGUGCUUGAAGGCAGCGUUCGAGUGACCGCACUCGACACUGAAGGCGGAGCAUUCAUCGACGACUUUGAAAAGGGUGAUCUGUGGUACUUCCCGCCGGGUCAUCCUCACUCUUUGCAGGGUCUAAGUCCGAACGGAACGGAAUUUCUCCUCAUCUUCGACGAUGGUGGAUUCAGCGAAGAGAGUACUUUCCUCCUAACCGACUGGCUCAUACACACUCCCAAGUCCGUUGUUGCUGAAAACUUCAGAUUGCCACCUGAGGUGUUCGAAACCCUUCCCGAGGAGGAGAAGUACAUCUUCCAAGGCUCACUGCCUGGUCCUCUCGACAAGGAGAAGCCGCAAGCCUACAAAAAAUCGAAGCUGAAUUUCAAGCACAAGAUGGACGCCCAAGAGCCUAUCAUUGCAUCUGGUGGCAAAGUUCGAAUUACCGACAGCAGGAAUUUCCCCAUCUCCAAGACCGUCGCUGCUGCACAUCUUGAGAUCGACCCUGGCGCAAUGCGUGAGAUGCACUGGCAUCCUAAUGCUGAUGAAUGGUCGUUCUUCAUCAAAGGACGUGCUCGCGUGACCAUCUUUGGCUCAUCCGGCACCGCUCGCACUUUUGACUACACUGCUGGAGAUGUGGGGAUCGUUCCGAAAAAUAUGGGACAUUUCAUCGAGAAUCUGAGCGAUGAUGAGCCUCUGGAAGUUUUGGAGAUUUUCCGCGCAGCUGAAUUCCAGGACUUCUCCCUCUUCCAAUGGCUUGGCGAGACGCCUCAACGCAACGUGCGUGAUCACUUGUUCGCGAAUGAUCCAAAGGGCGCCGCAAAAUUUGAGCAGGCUAUUCAGAGUGGCGAGAAGGAUGUCAUCAAGUCGAGGACGUUUGGCGAGAAGGGUGGCUACUAUCACAAAGAUUUGUGAGCUGAGUCCGGCUAUGGCGACGUUGUAAACGAAACUUGUGAUUUCAGCAAACAGGGACCAUUUCAUGGCAGAGUCAUGGAUUGGAGCUCCAUUGUAUGGUAUCUCGAUCUCCAUGCCACUAUGACUACAGUCAGCAGUAAGCAUAAUGGAAGGCGU